AUGGAAGGACGACAUCUAGUGAUCAAAGCACGUAUUGCAGCGCCCAGGUAGUUAUUGGAAGUCCUUGUUGAGUAUCUACCGUUCACCGUGUCAUGUGUGCACUGAAAAGUGUGCGUACAAUGUGAAGAAGAUACUUUGAUUUGUUGAAACUUUUGCUUGUAGAUAUGCUCCAUGUUAUACUCGGUAAACACUUGAAAAUUAGAGCAUACUACUAUAUCACAAAAUACUGAAUGAGGAAUAGACAUGUAAUAAAUUUCACCUGCUACUCAACUGGGCACAGCAAUACCAUUUCAUGACUGUUAACCAAGUUCUUUGAUUAUGAAUAAAAAAUCCUUCAAUAAUUGAUAACUUCGUGUUUGCUACAUGCACUGUGUUUGGUGCAGCGCAUGAGUGUUACGCAUGACAGGUGGACUGCACAAACAAACAAUAGCUUUUUACCCGCCUUCUCCGGCGCCCCGGUCUCACGGCUCUGUUGUUGUUCUGGUUCCGCAACGUAUCCAAGACCACAUCAGACCAAGAUGGACGACAUGAAGACUAUCUUACAGUCUAGGCAAGUUGUUGUGGCUGCUGUGGCCACAGCCGCGGUGGUGGCGGCCGGGUUAGUCUACCUGAGGUGGCGGAGACCGCGCAGAGAUUACGUCCCAGUCGGCCAUGUCUCCAAAAUCUACGUCCACCCAGUGAAGGCGUGCCGGGGCCUGGAGGUGCAGCAGGCCCAGGUGACCAAACUCGGGGUCUGGUCAGGAGGAGUCAUGGACAGAGACCUGAUCAUCCUAGACGAGACAGGGCGGUUCGUGACGGCUCGUACUGAACCCAGGAUCGUCCUGAUCUCACCACAGUGUGUGGGAGACGGACAGGUCAGGCUGAAGGCACCCGGUAUGGACCCGUGCACUGUACCCAAACCUGACUUAAGGGGGGAAGUCUUAGAGAUCAGUAUGAAAGAUGGCAUGGUCGGACAUGCACUGAGCUGUGAUCCCCAGGCAGGGCAGUGGUUGGACAAGUUCUUUGGAAAGCAGGGCUACAGGAUGGUCAUGGCCAAACCUGGUGGUCAGAAGAGAUAUCCUGUCAACAGUAAGAGAUACAAAGAAGUGGCCAGAGCUGAUGACAAGGGCGAAAUGGACUUAGGUCUGAAGACUGCAUUGGAGUCGAGACAAAUAGUUGUUGCUGCUCUGGCCACGGCAGCGGUCGCCACUGCUGGGGUAGCCUACUUGACAUGGCGGCGGUCCCGCAGGCAGUACGUCCCAGUCGGUCAUGUCUCCAAACUCUACGUCCACCCGGUAAAGUCCUGCCGGGGUUUGGAGGUGGGGGAGGCCGAGGUGACCAAACAAGGUCUCCGGUUGGAGGGGGUUAUGGACAGACACCUGCUGGUAUUGGAUGAGAAGGACCGCUUCGUGACCGCACGGACGGAGCCAAGCAUGAUCCUCAUCACCCCCAGGUGUGUCGGGGACGGGCAGGACUGUUGGCAGUACGUGCGCAUCGGUACGGCUGAGUUCCGGAAAAUGCUAGCCUGCAACAGGUGCCUCAUAACUACCGUCAACCCUGAAACUGGUGUGAAGGAAGGACAGGAACCCCUCCAUACACUCAGAAGUUAUCGUCUUCCCGAGGACGAAAAACAGAAGAGACUAUUCGGACAGACCCCGCUGUUUGGCCUCAUGCGUGGGGUGGAGCAGGAAGGGUCCAUCCACGUAGGAGACACAGUGUAUGCCUGCGUGUAG